UCCAGUUACGUUAGCAAUUAGCUCACUUCUCAUUAAAAAAAAAAAAAACAAAAAUGGUACGUGGUGCAGGUCCGGGUCCAGCUGCGUUGAGAUUCGCACCACUCAACAACAACACUAGCACUAGCACGAGCAGUGUGUCUAUUAAUAAUAGUUUUAACUGUUGUUGGAGUGGACCAGUGGUCAGGUUGAGGAAUCUUGGUCUUGCUGCUGCAGCUACUCAGGGCCACAUCUUCACUUCAUCAUUUCCUUCUUCUCCGUCUGGCUUCAUCACCCUCAGAAAGAAGAGGCUUAGUAGGAGGUUGAUUGGUGAGAGGUUGAUAUCUAAAAUGGCUGACCAUGAACAAAAGGCAGUCACUGCAGAUGUCUCCUCAGGGGAUAUGAUUUUUCAACCUAUAUUGGAGGAUGGAGUCUUUCGAUUUGAUUGUCCUCCAAAUGAUAGAGAUGCAGCAUAUCCUAGUUUAUCUUUUUUAAACAGCAAGGAUAGGGAAACACCCAUUAUGAGUCACAAGGUGCCCUUAUACACUCCGAAAUUUGAAUGUCUUUUUGAAAAUCAGAUUGUUAAAAUUGAGCUUCCUUCUGGUACCUCCUUCUAUGGGACUGGAGAAGUUAGUGGACAACUUGAGCGGACUGGAAAGAGAGUUUUUACUUGGAACACGGAUGCAUGGGGUUAUGGUCCAGGAACUACAUCCUUGUACCAGUCUCAUCCUUGGGUGAUGGCUGUUCUGCCCAAUGGGGAGGCACUCGGGGUGCUUGCUGACACAACACAACGCUGUGAGAUUGACCUGAGGAAAGAAUCGAGGAUACAGUUUGUUGCUCCAUCCUCAUAUCCUGUUAUUACAUUUGGUCCAUUUCCUUCACCCACUGCUGUCUUGAUAGCUCUAUCUCAUGCAAUUGGAUCUGUAUUUAUGCCUCCAAAGUGGUCCAUCGGCUAUCAACAAUGUCGUUGGAGCUAUGAUUCAGACAAGAGAGUUCUUGAGAUUGCCAGAACAUUCCGGGAGAAAGGUAUACCUUGUGACGUAAUAUGGAUGGAUAUCGAUUACAUGGAUGGUUUUCGGUGUUUCACCUUUGACAAGGACCGUUUCCCAAAUCCAAAAUCUUUGGUAGAUGAUCUUCACCAGAAUGGUUUUAAAGCUAUCUGGAUGCUUGAUCCAGGGAUCAAGCACGAAGAGGGUUAUUUUGUCUAUGACAGCGGUUCAAAAAGUGAUGUCUGGACUCAAAAAGCUGAUGGAAGGCCUUUUGUUGGGGAUGUGUGGCCUGGACCCUGUGUUUUUCCUGACUUUACGCAGUCAAAAGUUCGUUCCUGGUGGGCUAGUUUAGUUAAAGAUUUCACAUCUAAUGGUGUUGAUGGUAUAUGGAAUGAUAUGAAUGAACCAGCUGUUUUUAAGGCUGUAACAAAAACGAUGCCUCAAAGUAAUAUUCAUAGGGGAGAUGAUGAGCUUGGAGGUUGUCAAAAUCACUCUUAUUAUCACAAUGUGUAUGGCAUGCUGAUGGCAAGAUCAACAUAUGAAGGCAUGAAGUUGGCUAAUGAAAAUAAGCGUCCUUUUGUCCUCACCAGGGCUGGGUUUAUUGGUAGCCAAAGGUAUGCUGCAACAUGGACAGGAGAUAACCUUUCAAACUGGGAGCAUCUUCAUAUGAGUAUAUCCAUGGUACUUCAAUUGGGACUUAGUGGUCAGCCACUUUCAGGACCUGAUAUUGGUGGGUUUGCUGGAAAUGCAACACCCCAGCUUUUUGGAAGGUGGAUGGGUGUAAGUUCUAUGUUUCCUUUUUGCCGCGGGCAUUCUGAAAUUGACACGAUUGACCAUGAACCCUGGUCUUUUGGGGAAGAGUGUGAAGAAGUUUGCCGCCUAGCUUUGAAAAGGCGUUACCGCCUUCUGCCACACAUAUACACUCUUUUUUUUAAGGCUCAUACAAUUGGUACUCCAGUGGCGAUGCCUACUUUUUUUGCUGAUCCAAAAGAUCCCAACUUAAGGAAGCUUGAAAAUUCUUUUCUUCUGGGACCAAUUUUAAUCUAUGCAAGCACUAUGCCUGGUCAGUGUUUGGAUAAAUUGGACUGUACAUUGCCUAAGGGAAUUUGGCUGAGGUUUGACUUUGAUGAUUCGCAUCCGGAUUUGCCAGCAUUAUAUUUACAAGGUGGAUCGGUUAUACCUUUGGGUCCACCUCAUCAGCAUGUUGGUGAAUCUAAUCCUUCAGAUGACUUGACACUUCUUGUGGCUUUAGAUGAACAUGGGAAAGCUGAAGGUUUUCUGUUUGAAGACGAUGGUGAUGGAUAUGAAUUCACUAAAGGUGGAUAUUUGUUGACACACUAUGUUGCUGAACUUCAAUCAUCAAUUGUUACUGUGAGAGUUUCCAAGACUGAAGGAUUAUGGAAGAGGCCAAAGCGUCGUAUACAUGUGCAGUUAUUGCUUGGUGAAGGUGCAAUGCUUGAUACGUGGGGCAUGGAUGGAGAAGUGCUGCAAAUUAUGAUGCCUUCAGAACAAGAAGUGUAUAAGUUGGUUUCUACCAGUGAAAAGUAUUACAAGACUUGUUUGGAAAAUGCUAAGCGCAUUCCAGAUAUAGAAGAGGUUUCUGGACAAAAGGGAGUAGAACUUUCAAGGACUCCAAUAGAACUGAACAAUGGUUAUUGGAUUCUAAAAGUAGUUCCAUGGAUUGGGGGUAGAAUUAUUUCCAUGAUGCACCUUCCCUCAGGAAUGCAAUGGCUUCACAGCAGGGUUGAUAUCAAUGGUUAUGAAGAGUAUAGUGGCACUGAGUACCGGUCAGCUGGAUGUUCUGAGGAAUACAAUGUCAUUGAGCAUAAACUUGAGCAUGCAGGAGAGGAGGAAUCAAUUAUGUUAGAAGGUGAUAUUGGUGGUGGAUUGGCCCUUCAACGGAAAAUAUAUAUUCCAAAGAAUGAUCCCAAGGUUUUCCGAAUUGACUCUAGCAUUGUUGCCCGUAAAGUUGGUGCUGGUUCCGGUGGGUUUUCAAGACUUGUUUGCUUGAGAGUACACCCUACAUUUGGUCUCUUGCACCCAACAGAAUCGUUUGUGUCAUUUACUUCCAUUGAUGGGUCCAAGCAUGAAGUGUGGCCAGAAUCUGGGGAGCAGUUUUAUGAAGGGAAUCUACUUCCUAAUGGUGAAUGGAUACUUAUUGAUAAAUGUCUGGGCUUGGGGCUAGUCAAUCGGUUUAAUGUCAAAGAGGUUUUCAAGUGUCUCAUCCACUGGGGAACUGGGACAGUUAAUUUGGAGUUGUGGUCAGAAGAUAGACCUGUUUCAAAUCAAUCACCUCUCAGGAUCUCCCAUGAGUACGAGGUGAUAGAAAUCCCAAAAUUGUGAUCCAACAUAUAGAUUAUAGAGUUGCUGUCAGAAGAUUCUGUAUAAUAAAACUUUUUAAGUAUGUCUUGUAUGAGGAUUAAGUUAUAGCCCAACGAUAAUGACAUUUUGUUAUUUGUCUAUUUAAAAUAAA